AUUGACCUUUACUCCAAUAAGGACCAGAGUCAGAGUUUCUAUUCUGUUCACCGAGGUCACAGCAGACUACUGUCCAGCAAGACGAUGUCUCGUGCUGCAGAGAGACUCCGACUGAUGAUCAGUCAUCUUGAUCGUUCACCAGCUUCAAUCGCAGCUGCACCCACUUCUGCUCAAACUGUCACCUACGGUUACCCGCAGAGGCUGAGAUACUCUUUUGAUACAGGUAUGCUGACCCCAGAGCAGCGAGCCUUCUAUGAAGAGAAUGGCUUCCUUCUCAUCAAGAAUCUGGUGUCUGCCAAGGACAUUGAAGGGUUCAAGAAGGCGUUUGAACAGAUCUGUCUCCAGAAAGUGCAGGUUCCCGGCCUGGUGGUGAUGAGGGACGUGGCUAUUGCGAAGUCAGAGUUUGUUCCAGAUCAAAAAGCUGUGUCUAAACUUCAGGAUUUUCAGGAAUGUCCUGAACUGUUCCGUUACUGCUCCUUACCAGAGAUUUUGAAGUAUGUGGAGUGUUUUACUGGACCCAACAUCAUGGCCAUGCACACCAUGCUGAUCAACAAACCUCCGGAUGCAGGUAAGAAGACAUCGCGUCACCCAAUGCACCAGGAUCUGCAUUACUUCCCAUUUCGCCCGUCCGACCGGGUCGUCUGUGCCUGGACCGCAAUGGAGAAAGUGAACCAGCAGAACGGCUGCCUGGUUGUCCUUCCAGGAACACACAAAGGCACCCUGCUGGAGCAUGACUACCCCGAUUGGGAGGGUGGGGUGAACAAGAUGUAUCAUGGAGUGAGAGACUACGAUCCGAAGAGCCCCAGGGUGUAUGUGGAGAUGGAAAUGGGCGACACAGUCUUCUUCCACCCGCUGCUCAUCCAUGGCUCUGGCAUGAACCAGACGCAGGGCUUCCGCAAGGCCAUCUCCUGCCACUAUGCCAGCAGCGACUGCUAUUAUAUCGACGUGAAGGGAACCACACAGGAGAACAUCGAGAAUGAGGUGAAGAAAAUCGCAGAGAAGAAAUACGGCGUGGAUGACAUAGACUUCAAGGAUACCUGGGCCAUCCGAGGUCGCCUGGUGCAGGGAGAGAGGAUUUCACUCUGAAGAUACCAUGUGCAGAAAAUGAUUCUUACAGCACAUAAUGAAGCUAAAAUCUCACUUAACCUGUCAGCCAAAAUCUCCAACAGAAAUGCAAUAUAAAGGGAUACUAAUUGUACAAAUAGAGAAUUAAAAAAGAGGAAUUCAUUCAUGAAUAUUGCUAAGUGUUACAGAGAGCUUGCAUGAGGUUGAAAGGAUGAUGCAGUGGAGAGAGGAAACGAUGAAAACAGCAAUGUGUUGAUUAGUUUGACUAAAGCACUUUAAGUUGAUAGCACCAGAGGCCUUGAUUCUAAAUCACUAUGCCUUGCAAAAUAAUAAACUUUAAGUUUGAAUGUGAUUUUAACAGCUAUUUUAUGAGUAAAUUAAUGUUAUGUUUCUAUGUGUAUAAGAAAUUUUGUCAUGUCAAAAUAAGAAUAAACCCAGAAAUGACUACCAAAUAUGAAAUAAGUUAACAUAAUUUAAUGUCAUACCUUAUUUACGCCCAGAUUAGCAAAAGCAGUAUUAUAGAAAAUGGCAUUAUCAAUACAAACAUUUUACAUUAAAGUGAUACAUUGUUUUGCAUUGAACUACAAGACUGACAUGCUAAAAAUAUAUAAUUUAUAGUUCAUAUUCAGUUUAUAUGACGGAUCCCAAAGAUAAUUUUUACUUUUUCUUAGUAACAUUGAUGAAGUUUGACAAGCAAAUGUGGUUUGAACAUCUAAAUGAGUUGGAGUCUUAACUAACUUAAACUACAAACAGUUGUAUUUA